CGACCCAUGAAACUCAAGGAAAUUCACCGGACAUCGACCUUCGCGUGGUCGCCCUCGCCGGACCUGCCGUUGCUGGCGACCGGCACCGUCGCGGGGGCCCUGGACGAGUCCUUUAGCAACAACGGCCAGCUGGAGAUUUGGGCUCCGGACUUCCUCGACCGGAACCAGUUUGACCUUGGCGGCGAGGGCCAGGCGGGACCCAAGGCACAUGUAACGACGACUUCAAGAUUCAACCGCCUGGCAUGGGGGUAUGUGAACGGAGAACGCCCGCGCGGCGUGAUUGUAGCGGGCAUGGAGAACGGCGAGCUGGACAUUUGGGAUCCCGCAAAGAUUGUGGCCAAUGCCGACCCGUCCGAAUCACUCAUACUGCGCAACAAGACGCACACGGGCCCCAUCCGCGGAUUGGACUUCAAUCCGAUACAGACGAACCUGUUCUCAUCCGGCGCGGUCAAUGGCGAGAUUUACGUUUGGGAUCUCAAAGACCCAAGCAAGCCCUACUCUCCCGGCACUCGCAGUACGAAGCUCGACGAGAUCACCGCGUUGGCGUGGAACCACCAUGUCCAAUAUGCGCUUGCAGCAUCAAGCAGCACGGGAUACACGGUCGUGUGGGAUUUGCGCGGCAAGCGAGAAGUGGCUGCACUGGCGUACGGUGGUGGGGCAGGUACCCUCGCCGGAGGGAUGCAAGGGUUUGGCGGCCCUGGAUUCGCGGUAGGCGGACGUCGGGGAAUGAGCGAUGUCGCAUGGCAUCCUGACAACGCCACUCGUUUGGUCACGUCUUCGGAAGACGACACGUCGCCCGUGAUCAUGGUGUGGGACCUGCGUAAUGCGCGCGCCCCGGAGAAGAUCUUGACGGGCCACGAGAAGGGCGUGCUUUCCUUGUCAUGGUGCAAACAAGAUUCGGACUUGCUUCUUUCCUGCGGCAAGGAUAACCGCGCUCUCUGCUGGAACCCUCAAACCUCUGAGAUCAUUGGAGAGCUUCCCUCUGCAGACAACUGGGCAUUCCAAGUUGACUGGUGCCCGCGUAACCCCGACCUCUUCGCGGCGGCGUUCUUCGAUGGAACGAUUGGCAUUCACUCCAUCCAAUCUACCAACGACGCCGCCGAGGUCCCCGCUGCUGCUCCUCAGACUGACGCCUCUGACAUCUUUGGGGCUCCCGGUUUCUCUCGCGGAAGCCAGGCUACACUGUCGUUGAAGCACCCUCCGAAGUGGUUGCGGCGCCCCACGUCGAACUCCUUUGGGUAUGGGGGCAAACUUGUCACCGUGUCCAACCUGCCUUCCGCCCAGGGCAAGAACCAGAGCAGCAUUGUCCAUGUUCGCAAGGUGGUCACCGAGACUAGCAUCGUGGAGCGCGCACAAAAGCUUCAGUCGUCGGUCGAGUCUGAUAGCCUGAAGGACCUUGCGCAGGAGAAGACCUCGGAUGAUGCGUCUGCCACUUGGAAGGCUCUUCUUAGCCUGUUCAAGGCCAACUCGAGAGAUGAGCUCAUCACUCUUCUUGGCUUCUCCAAGGAGGAGGUCGCAACCCGGGUCGCUGAUGCCAUCGCAAACCUGAAGAAGGCAGCAGCAGCGAAGGCGAGCUUGCCUAUUGAGCAAGAUGUCACCGAGACCGACAUUAAGGCGCAUGAGCCUGUCGUGUCCUUUGCCGAGCCCGAGCGUGAAGCGACACCCGAAGAUGACGAAGGGGGCGAGGACACCCUCGACAGCUCCGCCCUCGCUGCGGAAGCCACUCCCUCCGAAGCAAGCGCCGGUGGGCUGUCUGAUACCACUAGCACGACGCGCCAGGCGGACGGAGAGUCCACCACCACUGCUCCUAGUCUCUUCGGUGACGACAACCUCAUCGGCACUCCGCAGGGCGAUGCAGCGGCCGACUUCUUUGGCAGCAUCGGUACCGCACGCACCGACGAGGAUGACAGCAUCCGGGUCCCACAUCACAACUACCCGUUGGACUCCUCGGUGGCCGCGACGAUCGGCUCGCGUCCCUCUUCCGUCGCGUCGGAGGUCCUGAAGGACAACACGUUCAAGAUCUACCCCAGCGACGAGUCCGAGACGGACCGCUUAGUCACGAAGGCGCUGGUCCUCGGCGACUUCGAGUCUGCUGUUUCCCUGUGCCUCUCUUCUGACCGCUUCGCGGAUGCCAUCCUGCUUGCAGUCAAGGGCGGCCAGGAGCUCCUCGCACGCACGCAGAAGGCAUACUUCGAGCGUCGCACCGUUCAACUCCCCUACCUGCGUCUCUUUCAGUCCAUCGUGACCAACGACCUCGACGACAUCGUCCAGAACGCCGAUUUACAGGAGUGGCAGGAGAUUUUCGUCGUGCUCUGCACGUUCGCGAACCAGGAAGAGUUCUCGGGCCUUGCCGAGCAGCUGGGUCAGCGCCUGGAGUUCCAGUCGAACAUCGUCAAGUCCUCCGGUGCAUACGAUGCUGAGUCCAAGGCUGCUGAUCUCCGCCGCAACGCCACGUUGACCUACCUCGCUGCUGGCCGCCUCGAGCGUCUGGUGAACAUCUGGAUCGAGGAGUUGGCAGAAGAGGAGAGACGCCUCGUCGCAGAGCACGACCACCUCGACGGCUCCCUGUACACUGUCCACGCCCUGGCUUUGCAGAGCUUCAUCGAGAAGGUCACCAUCUUCCGCAAGGCGAUCAACUACGUCGACGAUGAUCUCAGUAUCAAGACAGCGGUGAACGACCCGUCGGCUCGCUCGUACAAGCUUUCUGGGCUCUACGACCGCUACUUCGAGUACGCCGACCUGCUCGCUGCCCAAGGCUUGAUCAAGGAAGCAGUGGCGUUCCUCAAGCUAGUACCCGCAGAGUACACUGGUUCCGCCGGCUCUCCCUACGACUUCACUGUUGGUAGGGACCGUCUACUGAAGGCCGCCAGUGAGCCUCCUCUGAGGACCACGUCUCUUCACGCUUCUGGUCCUGCUGUGCCGACCAAGGCUGGCCCCACUGCUUCGACCAGCACCUACGGCUAUGGCCAGUAUGGCCAGCCUGUCCAACAGCAGCAGCAGCAACCGAUCAGCCAGUCGACAACUUCGUCGUCCAUCUACGAGCCUUACGCGCCUGCUGGUCAGUUAGCGGCUUCGCAGAGCUCGAACCCCUAUGCUCCUCCCGCCCCCGCUAUGCAGCCCCAGCAACAGCAACAAUACCAGGGCGGUCCUUCUGCAUACAACCCCUACACUCGUUCUCCCGCUCAGCAACAGAACCCUCUUCCUCAACAGCCCAGCGUCUUGCCGCCCCCACCACAGCGCGGCGCAAACGCUACGCCCUCAUUGCCCCCGCUCGCGCCGCCUCCCCAGGGACCGCCUAGGCGGGACAACGGCGGCUGGAACGAUGCCCCUGCUAUCCCGCAGAGGAGAACGCCUGCUCUUGCGAACGGUGGGAAGGGUGUCAUCACCUCUCCUUUCCCUAACGCCCCAUCGCCGUCGUCGCCGUCUCCGUACGGACAACAGCCCGCAGCUUCGCUUCCCCCUCCCCCUCGUCCCGGCAGCGUGCAGCAGCGCCCCCCUCCCCCUCCCCAGGCUCACCACGGACCCCCACCUCCAGGUGCUGGAGGACCCGGACCCUACCCUCCCCACGCCCGUCCGCCUUCAGGACCUCCUGGCCCUCCCCCGCAACAACACUUCGCGCCGCCGCCUCAGCGCGGUCCCUCACAAGGCCCUCCUGGACCUGGCAUGGUAAGACCUCCUCAAGGUCCUUACGGCGCUCCACAAGGCGGACCCAUCCCUGGCCAGACGCCGCCGCCCCCUCACGGACAUGCGCCAUACCCGCCUCCUGGCGGCCCAGGUGGUCCCUCCGGCCCAUAUGCUCGUGCGACGCCUCCCCCUCAGUUUGCGCGUGCGAUGUCACCCCCAGGUGCGCAGGCAGCGGGUCCAUAUGCUCCUCCACCCCAGGCCCAGCAGUUUGCGCCGCCACACGCCCAGCAACAGCAGCAGUUCGCACCCCCACAGCCCGGGCAGCAUAUGGCGGGCCCGCCGGGCGGUGCUCCCCCUCCGCAAGGUCCUCCGCGCGGACAGGCCCCUCCUGGUGGAGCCGCCCCAGUCCCGCCUCGCGCGAAGCCUGGUCCGCCGCCCCCCAAGUACCCGCCUGGUGACCGGAGCCACAUACCCGACGGUCUGCGUCCUGUCUUCCAGGUCAUCUCGAACCAGCUAGAGCAGCUGAAGCAAGUCACGCCGCAACAGCAAAGACGGAUGGUCGACGAUCUGGAGCGUCGAAUUAGCCCGUUGUUCGACGCCCUGAACUGCGAGACCUUGUCGCAACCCGUCUGCGAACAGCUCGUGAUGCUCACACGAGCUAUGGAAGCUCACGACCGCGAGGCGGCGAUGGCUAUUCACAUGGACCUGCUCACGCGUGGCUCGCUGACUGACGACAUCGGCUUGUGGAUGUCUGGGGUCAAGCAGCUCAUCUUGAGGCUGUGAUGGACGUGCCUGACGUACGACGCGUCCACGAUGACUAUUUAUGCCGUUCACCACGCAACAAAAGAGACGACGACGACAAGGAUAUGGAUGGACUGGCAGUGGUAUAGCAGCGUCGUCUCGGUUUGGAUGUCUGUCCGUAGAUAACGAUGUCUUCCGUGCAAGUGUUCUUUCGAUGUCUAUCACUCUCUGGAAUGC